AUGAAAUCAGUAUUAAUUAAACAAUUUGGAGGUAUAGAGAAUUUGAUAAUAGGAUCAAUAGCAAAACCUGUACCAAAGGCAAACGAACUAUUGGUUAGAGUCAAAGCAUUUGCAAUCAACAGAGCUGAUCUAUUACAACGUCAAGGAAAGUAUCCUCCACCAGCAGGUGACUCUGAAAUUUUGGGUUUGGAGAUGAGUGGUGUCGUAGAGAGUGCUCCACCACAAUCAGCUGCAGGAUUCAAAGUUGGUGAUCGUGUCUAUGGUUUGGUAAGUGGUGGUGGCUAUGGAGAGUAUUGUACGAUCGAUGCUAGAAAUGCUCUUCAUAUACCUGCACACUUUACAUUUGAAACGGCUGCUGCUAUACCAGAGGCAUGGCUUACUGCCUACCAGGCAAUGUAUCUAGUUGGUGAUUUCCAAAAGAAUCACACUGUCCUCAUCCAUGCUGCUGCGUCGGGUGUUGGUAGUGCGUUGAUUCAGUUGGCCAAAGCUGGUGGUGCAGCUGCCAUCAUCGGCACGGCUGGAUCAGAUGAAAAGACUCAAUGGUGUAGCGAACUCGGUUGCACACACACGAUCAACUACAAAAACACACCGUCGUUUGCCGGAGAGGUUGAAAAGAUCACUCAAAAGAAGGGUGUCAAUAUGGUGUUUGACUAUGUUGGUGCCAACUAUUGGAACGACAAUCUCAAGAGUCUGGCCAUGGACGGUACCAUGGUGUUUCAAGGUUCCAUGUCGGGUGGUAUCGUCAAGGAGAAUGCCAACAUUGCCAACAUCCUCACCAAGCGUCUACGUAUCCUCGGAUCUACCCUCAGAUCACGUUCCAUCGAAUACAAACAAGACCUCAUCCAACGUUUCCACAAAACAUGUGAUCCACUCUUUGAAAAUGGUACCUUGAAACCAAUGAUUGACAAGGUUUUCAGUGUCAAUGAUAUCCAAGAAGCACAUCGUUAUGUUGAUUCAAAUCUAAACAAAGGUAAAGUUGUUGUUAAAGGUUUUGAUGAAAAUUAA